AAAACUUCUGUUAUUCAAUUUACGAUCAUCUGCAUGAAACCAAAUUCUUCUCCAACCUGUCAUGAGCCAAUGAGUUCCUGGACGCAACCAUAGAGAUGCUGAGGCAAGAGCGGCUCUGCAUUGAGACAAGAGCGGCUCUGCAUUGAGACAAGAGCAGGGCUCGUCCUCACCGGAAGUCCCUCCCCAUUCCUCUCCACUUCACCAAUAAGGUUGCAGGUCUAAAGGGAGGUAGAGAGGAUGGGAGUGGGGCCGUGGGCGGAUCCCUACCGAUUGGUGGACGGCGAGAGCCAAUGAAAACACGGCGCCCCUUGACUCGCGCGCGACGGACAGCGCCUACCAUCGGCAACUCGCGCCUGCGCAGACUGAAUUUUAUUAUUAUUAUUGUAAACACCUAACCCUUCCUCACCUUCUUCAACGGCGGCCUUGCCUAUGUCUCUCCCUCCGUAGCCGGAGCACCGACUCGAGAACGGAGGGGGAAUGUCUGGGGUCCGCGAGGUGGUGACGCUUCAGCUGGGCCACUACGCGGGGAGCGUGGGCGCUCACUGGUGGGGCCUUCAGGAAGCUUCGUUCUCAUCCAAUUCCGCGCCUCCCGACUUAGACGAAGCCCUUCAGCACGAUGUCCUGUUCCGAGCGGGGAGAACCAUGCAGGGUCGCGAGACGUUUACCCCCCGCCUCAUCGUUAUGGACCUCAAAGAAAGUCUCGCCGCUUUGAGACAGGAAGGGUACCUUUAUGAAGAGCCGAAAACAACUACUCCUACUGCAUGGAAGGGGAACCUGACAACGCACCAGCAAGACCCAGUGCCUCCCAGGACCGUUUUUGACCAGCCGGAGGGCGACCGGUUUUCCAAUGGGGAUUUUGCCUCCAAGAGCCUCCCUGGUGGUAAAGGAAAGCCAAAGCAGCUCGCCCAGCCGCUCGCGUCAGAGAACAGUGCGCCCGCUUGGUCAGACUUCCUCCGUACCAAUCUCCACCCACGUAGCAUCCUGACCAUCCAUGAAUACAAUCGCGAGGAGGAAUCCAACCGCCUGGAGGCGUUCGGACAAGGAGAAAAACUCCUCCAGGCCGGGCACUACCUGGAGGAACUCGAGGAUCGGCUGCACUUCUACGUGGAAGAGUGUGAUUACUUGCAAGGCUUUCAGCUGCUCUUCGACCUCCACAAUGGCUUCUCGGGGGUCGGGUCCAAGGCAGUGGAGCUGCUUCAGGAUGAAUACGCGGGGAAAGGCAUCUUGACGUGCGGGCUGACGCCUGUCCUUCAAUCCAGUCUCCCCCAUCGGAAUUUCUACCGGCUGAUGAACACAGUUUUGGGCAUCGUCCGUCUGUCCAGCCAGAGUUCCCUCUUCUGUCCCUUGUCGCUCAACGGAAGUCUGGGGCUCAAACCGGGCAGCCCAGUGGCCCUGCCGUACCUCCACUACGAGCCAUCUCUGGAUUAUCAGACGAGCGCCAUUCUCGCCACUGCCCUGGACACGCUGACCAUCCCCUACCGGCUCCAGACGUCGGACAUGACCAUCUCCAACCUGACCGAAACCCUGAAUUUUUCCGGAAGGAAGGUCGCAGAGGCCUCGGUCGCCAUGCCCUUCUCCAUGGCGGAAGACCAGUCCCUUCCUGAAGCAUUGUACAACCAACAACCCAGCACGGCGUGGUGUCCGUUGUCAUCUGGCGGCAACCGAAGAGAUGCCGGCUGCUUUGCUCAGUCGGUUGUGUUGCGAGGGAUCAGCAAACAGCAGCAAGUGAGCAACGCCUCUCCAGGAACUGAACCCAAGUCCGUCCUUCACAUGUGCGAGACCGGCCAGGAAGUGCUGGCCCGCUACUUGCACACUGUCUUCCCCCGGACGCUGAGUUUGCUUUUGCUGCAAGGGCCCUGCAAGAUUUUGGCUCCUUACCCCCAGUUUUUCGCGCCGUUCCUGAACAAGUACGGAUUCCUGUCGGAGAAGCCGCUGUAUGGCCCAGCAAAGGUCGAAAGCAUCCCUGUGUUAGCCGCCUUCCAGUCCUCGGCGGGAUUGUACCGAACCCUGGGUGACUUUUACCGAGAGCUGCACGGAACGGACCUGCGGCGGUGGGAGAGCUUCUUCUCCGCUGGGGUGGAGAUGGAGGACUUCCGAGAGGCGCUGGACGAGCUGCGGACGCUGUCCCUCUGCUACAAGAAGAGCAGCCUGGAUGAAAAUUCGGACGACGACGACGAUACGGACUGAGCUGCUUUUCCGGAGGCCGCGAGGCGGCGGACGCUUCCCGCCUCGGAUUUGAAAUCGAGAGAAAUUAAAAAAAAAAAACUUUGCCGA